AUGGUAGCUGUUGAUCAUCCAUGUGCUAGCAGACCAAAGCCGUUACCCAAGAAUGUUUUCGUACUCAAUGAUCAUGCUCUUUGCAUCGUUGCUGGAGAUCUUAAUGAUCAAACACUUGCCACCAUUUCUGAAGCUAUUCAACACUACAAAGUUUUGAUUGCAGACUUCCGCAAGCUCCAAUCUAAGAAAUAUUGUCUGUUCUUGAAGGACAGUAUUUCAGUUGAAGUGGAAUCACGAAUGUUGUUCGACACUCUCGAAUCUGGCUACGAUGAAGGGUUUGGCAGGCGUAAUGGUUGCAGGGGUCCUUGGUUGUAUGGCAUGAAUGGUGAGCUGAGACCUAUAGAACUGCAAGAAAGAAGUAUAUUGAGCAUUGGGUCUGGAUCAGAAUAUGCUUUUGGUUUUGGCGUCAUCGGGUACCGUUACUAUAGGUCCUUCGAUGAAGCUAGAGAUUUGGCCGCAGAUGCGAUUUCCAAUGCUGCAUUAGCAGUUAGUGAAGAUGGUGAAACUGGUGGUUUCUUCAGCGGACCUGAUAGGUGGAGCAUCAAAUACGAAGAAGCAAGUGCAGUAAACUUCUUGCAGAAGACUUCUUCUGCUCCAAAGUCGUUUACUUACAAGUCCACCGGAUCAUCUUGCUACUCAAUAGCAUCUUUUGAAGCCGUGUGA